AUGGAGACCCAGACCAUGCAGCGGGAGCUGGAAACCCUUCCAACCAACAAGAUGGCUCAGACCAACCCCAUUCCUGGGUCUUUGGGGCCAUGGAAGAUAACCAUCUAUGACCAGGAGAGGAUAGAGUUUACCAGUUCCUGUCCAAAUGUCUCUGAGUGCAGUUUUGAUAAUGUCCGGUCCCUCAAAGUGGAAUGUGGCACGUGAGUUAAUUUGAUUACAGAAUCAUAAAGUCUAAGAUCACCAUCUUUGAAAAAGAGAAUUUUAUUGGACUCCAGUGAGAGAUCUGUGAUGACUACCCCUCCUUACAAGCCAUGGGUUGAUUCAAUAAUGAAGCUGGCUCUAUGAAGAAC